CUCAAUGUUGUUUUGGCUCAGGUGUUCUACAAGCUGAAAGGCAUCAUGGGAGAUUUUCAGAGCCGUAGGAAUACACCCAGCGGAGUCAGCCAAGUGUUAAUACCCUAACUGCACGCACAUACACACACGUUCGCUGGAUGAGGGCAAAGCCUUAGGGGGGAUUUUCUCUGUCUUAACCGUGAGAGGGAACGGAUAGCCAGCUGGAACGCAACGAAGACGACAAACAAAACAGACCCAUUUAUCUCCAAACAGCCCUAAACGUGGGCAUGAAGGGCAGCAGCUCCAUUAAAGGGAGGUUUAGGUUCAGGUAGGGGCCUCUGAAGCCACGGCUAAUGACUCCACAGAGCUGUGCUGAGAGAAGGAAAAGGGUUCAUCAAGUGUUGCCCGUUGUGGAAGAUGUCGACCUGAGGAGGUUUCACCACCAGAGCUUCAGAGACGGCAGGACUGGGCGGAAUGGGGCACCCCAAUGUGCCACUAUCCUACAAACACGCACGAGCUCACAGGGACAGGCACAUAUCCGGCCGGCCGCAGCCCUACACGGCCAACGACAACUUGAACAAUGCACUUGGUGCUAUCAGAGUUCUUGGCGUGGAGCUGAUUGAGGAUGAACUGAAACCCCAUCUCAACACGGUGAUGGCUAACAUCAAGGAGAGGAAGAAAGGCGCUGCUGAGCAGGUGGUGAUAAGCGGGAUCCUGCCAAUCCUGGCCCUGUCGCUGAGGAGCAGAGGGCCUCUGACUCUGCUCACAGCUAAACUGGUGGCUGAGCUUGCCAAAGAAUCUGUGGUCCGUAAAGGUUUUGGGGAUGCAGGCUUGGUUACAGCGUUGCUGUCCCUCCUGACCAGUACAAACGAAGAGCUGCUGAUUCACGCUGCAAGAGCCAUCUCACGCAUGUCCUACGACAGCCCCAGGCAGCAGGAACUGCUGCUGAGGCGAGGGGCGGUGCCUCGUUUUGUGGCCAUCCUUCUGCGCUUCCCGGAUAAGGAGGCCCUGGAGGAGGCCUGCCUGCAGGCCCUCUGUAACCUCAGCGGCAUGGGGGUGGCGGAGGAGGCCGGGAUGAUUUGGGAGAGAGGGGCCCCCAUGAGGCCGGGGGAGUCCGUGUUCCACGGCGUUUCCCCCCACACCUGCGGGUUCGCGUCCUCGGUCACUCUGGUCCGCGUCUCCCAGUGGGGGCCCGGUCAGUACGAGGUCAGCAUCGAGGAUUUCCAGCGCUGCUCCUCCUCCUUCUGGAACCUGCACGGGAACAAACGGGCAGCUCGCUGGUCUCCCUUCUUCAGCUCGGGCAGCUUUUCCAAUUUUUUCAAAGGAAUUAAAUUUUCCACGAGGAACGUUCCUUCAACGCGGAGUCUGAAGACACGCGUGUUCCACACUUUCCUAUGACAGCUUCAAACCCAAACAAGGUGGCCUAAAUUAAAUGGACUAAGAAAAAUGAACAUGACAGCUAUAAUAUUAUGUUUUAUUAACAGUUUUUAGAGUUGGAAUAAACAUUACUAACAUUAUUCCCCACUAGAACUAUCAGAUUGUGGAAUCAUUUUCAUGAGAAUCUUCUAUUCUAAUACAUUUAUUACAGUAAAUAACAUGGUAUUUUAGACUAAACCAGUAGCUAUAUUGACUCAUCUACUUGUGUGUGACUCAUUUAAUGAGAUGCAAAUAGACAGAAGUGCUUGUAAACACUUUCUAUGCGAAUGACAGCCGUUGCAUUCAAAUUUCUGAAGAUGUUCCAGUUGUUUACAUCAUAAACCAGGGCUUUUAUCAUUUUCUCUACACAGUUCCUGUUGUUUAGAGCUCAUUUUCAUCUUCUUGUUUGCUUGUUUUUUUGGAGUGAAAUAAGCUACACUUCCUGUUAACGUCUCAAACAAUGUGUAAUAAAUUUCAGAACACUGUCUCUUAAGAACUUAUUCAAAAAAGAAAAACAUUACAAAUAUAUCUUACAUUCAUGAUCCAUGCUGCUGAUUUGUUCACAAGUGCUUGAAAUAUUGAGUAUGUUUUUUUGUAUAGCACAUGGAUUCGAUUUGUAACCUCAUUCAAUAUGACCCGUCUUUUUAAUCAUUUGGAUAUGUGUUUGAAAUGCGCUUUAAUGUAUGAAUAAAAAUAUAUAUGAUGUA